GGCCAUCAAUUAUCUUGUAUUUUACCACCUUAUGGGACGUGCCUGUGAGUGGAGUGUGACAUACUUUCUGGCCGUACUAGUACAAAGGCAUCCAUAGCCUGUAGGUCUUCGUAUAGCAUUAGUAAUGGACCCCCUCUGUCGAGUAUCAGAUAUCGUGGCUGGGUAGUUCUUCUUAUUAUUUAGACUAAUUAAGCGAUGUAAACAAACGCACGUACGCGAACCCUCCCAACUAGCGCCAUACAAAAACUUAUGAGCUGUACCUCUGUAUAUAAGGGACACCACUUCUUCGCCAGGCUCUGAUCAUUAUGAUUCCAAGAAAAAUCAUACUACGAUAAUCUUACCACAUACCUAGCAUGUCCGAGAUUUGUUCCCCCCAAGAUUCGUCCGCACUGCCAUCGCCGAAGGCGAGCACCGCUAUCAACCCCGAACGUGUGGAAACUGUGAAGAGGGAGAAAGUAAAGGGCGAGGCGGCAAACACUUUCAAGCGAGCAACGUCCGUCUAUUUGCUCGACAAGAACAAUAUGACCCCUACAAAGAGGGAGCUUUCCGUCUUCAUUUAUUCCUUCAUAUAG